CUCAGGACCUGCCCUGAGGUCCACACCCGAGGCAGGGGGAAGGGGAGGGGCGGUUCCCUCGACCCCUGCAGGUCCAAAUGAGGUCAGCAGAAGAUUAGGAUAAGAGUGGCAAGAAGUGGCCUUCGCUCAGAGACAGGAAGCAAGCGCCUGAGCAUGUUCCAGCCUCGGGAAACUGGAGAGCACCGGUGGGGCAAUAGCCAGGAGACCACCAACCCAGAAAAAAGUUCCCGUUGCUGCUCUUCCCCUUAGCCCACCCCUGGCACGGAAAUUAAGGUACACUCAAAUCGCCUACUAGAGAGAGACGUCGGAGUAGGGGAACGCGAGAAGGAAAAACAAUCGCCCCAUCCCACCCCUCUGGCUAAGCAGUGCUGCUUUCCUGCCUGUGAUGCAGGGAGCUAAGGUUCCAAUUAAAUCUUUGUGGACAAAAGGUACACAUGACAUCCCCAGAUAACAGGUGGCAAUAAAUCCAUCAGCACAUCCACUUUCAGAGAAGAGUCCCGGCUGAACUGCUAACAGCUGCCAAUACCUCACUGAGUACCUUGUACAAGGUGAGCUCUAAGUGAGUUUCACUUGCCUGGGCAGAAUUUCUCCCAGAUCCUCCCUAAAAACCUGGCAGAGGAGCCACCCCUGGCACCCUCACCAUGCUCAGGGCAGUUUUGGACGCUCCUCAGUGGUUGCUGAAGAAGGGGAGAGAGUCCCGGAAGCUGGUGCUGCUGGUGGUGUUUGUCGCUCUACUCCUGGACAACAUGCUGCUCACUGUGGUGGUGCCCAUUGUGCCCACCUACCUAUAUGCCACAGAGUUCAAAGUCAACACUUCUGUGUACCCUGGGCCCACCACGGCUUCCCAGCCUGCCCUCACUUCUGCCUUUUCCACCAUCUUCUCCUUCUUUGAAAACAACACCUUGGCUAUCGAAGAAAGUGUGCGCAGUGGCAUAGCAUGGACAAUUGACACUCCCGGCACCGUCGCCCCUCUGGUCACCGAAGCCAUCCCAGCCCAUGAAAACAACUGCUUUCAAGGCACAGAGUUCUUGAAGGAAGAGAACCUAUGGGUUGGGCUUCUGUUUGCUUCCAAGGCUCUGAUGCAACUUCUGGUCAACCCAUUCGUGGGGCCUCUCACCAACAGGAUUGGAUAUCACAUUCCCAUGUUUGCUGGCUUUGUUAUCAUGUUUACCUCCACAGUUAUGUUUGCUUUUUCUGGUACCUAUACCCUGCUCUUUGUGGCCCGAACUCUUCAAGGCAUUGGAUCUUCAUUUUCAUCUGUUGCAGGUCUUGGGAUGCUGGCAAGUGUCUACACUGAUGACUGUGAGAGAGGGCAGGCCAUGGGAAUUGCCUUGGGGGGCCUGGCCUUGGGAGUGCUAGUGGGAGCUCCGUUUGGAAGUGUGACAUAUGUAUUUUGGGGGAAGACUGUACCCUUCCUCAUCUUGGCCUCCCUGGCACUACUGGAUGGAGCACUCCAGCUUUGCAUCCUACAGCCUUCCAAAGUCUCUCCUGAGAGUGCCAAGGGGACUCCUCUCCUCACACUUGUCAGAGAUCCAUUUAUCCUGGUGGCUGCAGGCUCCCUCUGCUUUGCCAACAUGGGGGUGGCCAUGCUCGAGCCCACACUGCCCAUCUGGAUGAUGCAGACCAUGUGUGCCCCUGAGUGGCAGCUAGGUCUAGCUUUCUUGCCUGCCAGUGUGUCCUACCUCAUUGGCACCAACCUCUUUGGCGUGUUGGCCAACAAGAUGGGUCGGUGGCUGUGCUCCCUGAUUGGGAUGGUGGUAGUAGGUACCAGCUUGCUUUGUAUUCCUCUGGCUCAUAAUAUUUUUGGUCUCAUUGGCCCCAAUGCAGGGCUUGGCUUUUCCAUAGGCAUGGUGGAUUCCUCUAUGAUGCCCAUCAUGGGACACCUGGUGGACCUGCGCCAUGCCCCGGUGUACGGGAGUAUCUAUGCCAUCGCUGACGUGGCUUUUUGCAUGGGCUUUGCUAUAGGCCCAUCCACUGGGGGUGCCAUUGUGCAAGCCAUUGGCUUCCCGUGGCUCAUGGUCAUCAUCGGGGUCAUCAACAUCAUCUACGCUCCUCUCUGCUACUACCUGAGGAGCCCCCCAGCCAAGGAGGAGAAGCUUGCAGUUCUGAGCCAGGACUGCCCCAUGGAGACCCGGAUGCACGCAGCCGAGAAGCACAUGAGGGAAUUUCCUCUGGGGGAGGACAGCAAUGAGGAGCCUGGCUGUGAGGAGUAGCAGCAGAAACUGGUCCCUGGACCUUGUCACGUGAGGCUCAGACUUCAGUGACUGACUCGUUCCCUGGACGCGGAUCUCCACGGGCUGUUCUUCACUUCUCUCUCCCCUGGUGUCUCCUUUCCUCCCCUCCCAUGCAUGCUGUUUCCUGGUUCUCUCCUCACCUGUGUCACCUCUAGCUCUCCCUUUAAGCUUUGAUGCCUCAGCUAGCCCACGUUUUGUGGGAGGACAGAGUGAUGCUUCCUCCUCGGUUUCUGUAAGGCGGUGUGGGUUCUGCGAGGGGUGACUCAUUUCACGGAGGCGGCAGUGAGCCGUGUUCCCUGGAACCAGUGGGGUGGCUGACAAAACUCAUUUCAUCUGUUAUCUGAUUUUCUUUGGCACCUUCCCAACAGACUAUAAGAGUUUUGUCCUCUGUUGCUCGACAUGGCCCUCCCUGACUUUUCCCAGAUGAGCUGAGAAAGCGUCCUCAACCUUGUAUUGCUGCCACAUCGCCAGUUUGGGAAAUGUUUGCCUGGUUUUUAUAAGCUGAGUGUUUUCUCUGUGGCCAAACCUACAGCUGCUGAAGUGAGUCUGCCCUCAGUGAAAGGAGGUCUCCUAUUUUCCUCAUUACUAAAUGGAAAAAGAGCCUGCUUGUCUUAUGCUUGAGUUACUGACUUUCUCAUGAUUUCCCCUGUGGGUUUUGUCUACCUUUCCUUAAAUUUCUUAGAUUCUUAGAAAUAAAUGUAGGAGGACAGAAAACACAGUCUAUGAGCUCUAAGAUUUCAUGGGAACAAGGGUAAAGCAACUGUCCUGGAAUCCCUUCCAA